AUGAUCAUGCAGUUGAAGAAACCUGGGAUCCAAGAUGGUGACAAGCAGGGAAAGUUUAGCUUAUGUAAAACAGGCAGUAGAGUAGAUAAAAUAGCUGCCUGUUUAAGCCGCGCCAGAUCCAAGAUAGUGGCCAGCAGGAGGCUGAUGAAGGACAACCCUCCAUAUGAUAAGGGGGCUUUGAGAAUCGAAAUCAACUUUCCAGCAGAGUACCCAUUCAAACCACCAAAGAUCACAUUUAAAACAAAGAUCUAUCGCCUGAACAUCGAUGAAAAGGGGCAGGUCUGUCUGCCAGGAAUUAGUGCUGAAAACUGGAAACCAGCAACCAGAACCGGCCAAAUAAUCCAGUCCCUCACAGCACUGGUGAACGACCCCCAGCCCGAGCACCCACUUCGGGCUGACCUAGCCGAAGAAUACUCUAAGGACUGUAAAAAAUUCUGUAAGAACGCUGAAGAGGUUCCAAAGAAAUACGGGGAGAAGCGACCUGUGGACUAA